AUGCCAAAGACGGAUGUUCUCAUUGCGGGCUCGGGGUCCGCAGGUGUUUUUGCUGCGACUUGGCUGGCAAUAUACAACAUUCCCUUUACAAUUCUCGAAAAACGCGCGGGCCCGUUGGACGUGGGACAGGCAGAUGGCGUGCAAGUCCGGACUGUAGAGAUUUACGAGUCAUUUGGCCUGUCUGAAGACCUACUCAGAGAAGCGUAUCACGUCCUCGAAGUGUGCUUCUGGGGCAACGACGAAGGCAAAGAUGAAAUCAAACGAAAGAGCAGGACCCUCGACACAGAAAAAGGAUUAAGCCAUCUCCCGCACGUCAUCCUCAACCAAGCCCGCAUGAACGGCCUGAUGCUUGCCAAAAUGUCCACCAUCCUCAAAUCCAAAAACGCGCUUGACAAAGGCAAGAUUGAAUACGGCUGGACCACCAAAUCCGUCUCCGUUGACACCUCCAACUCCGAUUACCCUUGCACCGUGACAGCAGUCAAAGACGGCGUAGAGCAAACCUGGCACGCAAAGUACGUCCUCGGCUGCGACGGUGCGCACUCGACCAUCCGCCACUCCCUCUCUAUCCCCAUGCUCGGCGACACCACCGACACCGUCUGGGGCGUCAUGGACAUCUUCCCCCUCACGACUUUCCCCGACAUACGCCGGAAAUGCACCAUCCACUCCCCGCACGGCAACAUCGUCAUCAUACCGCGCGAGGGCGGCGAGAUGGUGCGGUUUUACAUACAACUUCCGCCUGGUACGAAGCCCAAGGAGGUCCGACUGGAGGACAUUCAGACGCAGGCCAGGCGGAUAUUUACCCCCUAUCAGAUGGAUUUCGCGCAUGUAUUUUGGUGGAGCGCGUACUCCAUCGGCCAACGCCUCGCGCAAUCCUUCCACGCCUCCCACCGCGUGUUCCUCACUGGCGACGCGGCGCAUACACAUUCGCCCAAAGCCGGACAGGGCAUGAACGUCAGUCUCCAGGACGGGUAUAACAUCGGGUGGAAACUCGGCAGUGUCUUGUCCGGCCUUUCGCCACCUAGUUUGCUCGAAACAUACGUCAGUGAGAGGAGUAAGACGGCGGCGGAUCUUAUUGCGUUUGAUCGCGAGUUGACAGCGCUGUUUAAUCGUAAAGAGGAGAGGGAGGGCGAGUUUGCGGAGUAUUUUCGCAAGAGUGGGAGGUAUAUGGCGGGGUUUACGGCGCGGUAUGCAGAUUCUGUCAUCACGGAUGGGGAAGCGGGGAAGGAGGUGGCGGAUGGGAUUAAAGUGGGCAUGAGGUUUCCCAGCGCCCAGGUUAUCAGGUUUUGUGAUUGCAAGGCGGUGCAGUUGCAAAGUGUGCUUAGGAGCGAUGGAAGAUGGAGGGCUGUGGUUUUCGCAGGCGAUGUUAAUGACCCGGGGCAUCAGGGUCGAUUGAGAAAGCUCUCAACCUCCCUCUCUUCCCUCGCUCGUCUUUACACAUCCCCCAAGUCAGAUAUCGACAGCGUCAUCGAACCCAUCCUCGUCCUCAGCAGCAAAUUCCUCAACGUAGAGCAGGAAAGCAUACCAGAUUACUUCUGGCCAAAGAGUGGGAAGUACGGGAUUAGAGGCUGUUUGAUCGCGCAGAACACCAAGACCAACGGCGUGUCGGCGUGA